AUGUCAGGCCUACGGAGACGCAUCUUCGGCACGUCGUCUGCAGAAACUCCUUCCCUAACACCUGAGAACUCGAGAGAAGGCACCCCGACAUCCGAAGAAGUCCGCGUCGUAUCGGCGAAGAAACUACAGGCCCUCACAGAUUCGCACAAGAAGAAGGGCGCAAAGAGACGGAAUGCUUGGGUCUUUGGAUUAGGAGGUCUGUUUGGCAUUAUUGUCGCUGGCUUCUUUGCUUCUAGCAAUGAUGUCUUUGACAUGCAGGCUUUGAAGGACAUGAACCUCGACUCAAUCAUAGACGUACUACCCAGUGCAUUUAUCAAGGAUGCUCACGACCUUCAGAGAAAAGAACGAGACGCCAUUGCAUAUGAUUCCUUCUCCGUUGGCCUGCAUGCGCAAUCGCAAGGUAUCACAGCAAAACACCCCGUCAUCAUGAUACCCGGCGUAAUUUCCACAGGACUCGAGAGUUGGGGCACCGAGGAAGCAUCGCGACAGUAUUUCAGAAAGAGGUUAUGGGGCAGUUGGAGCAUGAUGCGCGCACUCGUGCUGGACAAGGCUAGUUGGAAGAGACAUAUCAUGUUGGACAAGGACACCGGCCUGGACCCUCCUGGUAUCAAGCUCAGAGCUGCUCAAGGCUUCGACGCGACCGACUUCUUCAUCACCGGAUACUGGAUUUGGAACAAGAUUUUGGAGAACCUUGCGACAAUCGGCUAUGACCCUACCAACGCUUUUACCGCUGCAUACGAUUGGAGAAUGAGCUACAUGAAUUAUGAAGUCCGCGAUCAAUACUUUACCCGUUUGAAGCAUCAUAUUGAGACGGCGGUCAAGAUAUCUGACAAGAAGGUCGUCCUGCUCAGUCACAGUAUGGGCUCCCAGGUCCUGUACUACUUCUUCCACUGGGUCGAAACCCAAGGCUACGGCAAUGGCGGCGAGACCUGGGUAGAUGAUCACGUUGACUCAUGGAUCAACAUUUCCGGAUGCAUGCUCGGUACACCAAAGGGCUUGCCUGCAGUGCUGUCUGGUGAGAUGAAGGAUACGGCACAACUCAACGCGUUUGCUGUCUACGGUCUCGACAAGUUCUUGAGCCGUACUGAGAGAGCCGAGAUGUUCCGCGCCAUGCCUGGUAUCUCCAGUAUGCUUCCCAUCGGAGGUGACGCCAUCUGGGGCGAUGAGUUCAGUGCUCCUGACGACCGUCCGGAUCAGAACGUUACCUACGGCAAAUUCUUGAGCUUCCGCCAUCUGAACUCGACCCAGCUACCCAAGAAGAACUUGACCGUCGAGGAGUCUCGCGCUUAUCUAUUCAACAACACCGAGGACUGGUACUCAGAUGCUGUACUAAGCUCAUACUCCUUUGGUAUCGCGCACACUCGCAAAGAGGUCGAGGCCAAUCAGAAGAUCCCCCGUAAAUGGUCCAACCCAUUGGAAACGCGUCUUCCCAAAGCACCGAACAUGAAGAUCUACUGUUUCUACGGCAUUGGCAAGGAAACCGAGCGCGCAUACUACUACCGUGAGGAUAACGAAGCUGGAAGCAAGAACGAUGUCAUGAUCGAUACGGCAGCCUCAUUCUUAAACCCUGACGUGGAUCACGUUGCUGACCGUGGUGUGGUCAUGGGCGAAGGUGAUGGUACUGUAAACCUGCUCAGUACAGGAUAUAUGUGCAACAAGGGCUGGAGAAUGAGGAGGUACAAUCCUUCCGGCAUCAAAAUCACAACCUACGAGAUGCCUCACGAGCCUGACCGCUUCUCACCUCGCGGUGGUCCCAACACUGGUGACCACGUAGACAUCCUCGGCCGCGCCUCCCUCAACGACCUAAUCCUCAGAAUCGCCGGCGGCAAAGGCGACGAGAUUGAAGAAACCAUCCACAGUAACAUUACUCAAUAUGCCGAAAAAGUCAAAAUCUAUGAUGACUAA